CAAUGUAACAGCUUUAAGCAAAAUAAAAUCGAAUGUAAAAUUUUGAAAUAAUUUUCUUGUGACAUAAAAUGUGGACAUGAUAUAUACAAUCAUGGAUUUGCAGGAAAUGUUCAGCUCAACUUUUAUUUUACUACUUAUUUUGUUUCUAAAGGGUAUAUCGGCAGAGUACUGCUACAACACGUAUUAUAGGACAACUUACGACUGUAAAAAUGGUUGCUGUGGUGAUUAUUACAGUUCUAGUUACGGCUGUUGUGUAGAGGUAGGCACAAUUGCCGGCGCCGUCGUCGGGGGAAUCAUAGUCAUUGUUAUUAUAGUUGUUGUGAUCAUAGUCUGCAAGCAGCAAAUGACAAAGAGGAGAGGAAGAGUCGUCAAUCAUCCGCCACAGAAUAAUGCUCCUCCUACUGUAACAGUGAUUCAACCUCCACCAUAUAAUCCACAAGGACCUCCAGCGCCGGGCUACCACGGACCUCCUCCCGGGGCACCUGGAUUUCACCCCGGAAACCAGCCUCCACAGAUGUACCCUCCCCCACCGCCUGGAAACGCGCCUCUUUAUGACCCCGCAUACCCACCUAAAUAAAUAUAUAAGUUCUUACAUAUAGCAGUGAUGGAAUCAAGUCACAUACCUUAAUAUGAUUGGAUAAGAACUUUAUUACUUAAUUAUUAGAACAUAACAUAGCAACCUAAGACUAUACAUUUAUUUUAUUUUGAGGCCAUAGUUUGCGAAAAAUAUUUCAGAUGUUUACUCGAAAAAUUUGUAAAGUUAUAAAGGAGAUUUUGAUAUAUUUAAUUAACAUAUUAUGUUCACUAUUUAUAUGAAAAAUA